GGUGAGCAUCUCCCUCAUAAUUAUUGUUAUCAUCCUCUUCUACCAACCUGGCUUGCCUUACUUCUGCCUUACCUGAUGCUUGCUGGAUCACGGGAGCUUUUUCCUCUUUCCGAUUGCUAUCCAUGCCACGCGCGGUUCAUGCACAUGAUGAUGCACAAUUAAUUCAUGAUCUCUGCACUCGACUACAUGUACUACUGCUUUGUUGCAAGAACGAGUGAACGAUGCCCUCUACCACCACCAACUUGAACUCCAGCAACCUCCACUCCGCACUCCAUCUCCACCUUCCCUCCUGCAUCGGCGGACUCCGAUACCAGCGCGCCUCCCGGGUAUGGAAUGUCGUCGCUAAUGACAGGCUCAGAGACCGACGACGCGAAUCUGGACGCACCCCAGCCGUCACGCCAACAGCAGCAGCAGCAAUCGCGAUAUGCGCUGAGUAGACAGCCCAGCCAGGGCGAUGUUGGCGAGCCCACCAAUGCCAUCCCCACGCUCAGCCAACGGCUGCGACACACCAGCUCCAUCCUUGCCAUCGUCAUUUCCGAUGACCACAUCUAUGCUGGAACACAGCUGGGCGAGAUUCUGGUGUACAGCUUGAGCACAUAUGCGAAGCAGGGCGUCAUCGAAGGACAUCGAGGAAGUGUGCUGGGCCUGCAUCUCUCGCAAGACCAAACGCUCCUCUUCUCCAGUGCUGGCGACAGAAUUGUCAAUGUUUGGAGCACCAAGACGCUCAAGAGAAUCUGCUGCUUGUACAGCUCCUUUGACGUGGGCGAUGUCUUUUGCGUGGCAUACUCGACGAGCUUAGAAACUGCCUAUUUGGGAGCACAGAACACGACAAUACAAUGGUGCAGAAUAUCGCAGCAGAGUGCGGCAACUGUGCCUGCGCCACUCCGAGGAGAUGAUCGAUUCUUCGACUCAAGAGGUCCUGGAGGUGUGCAGACUCCGAGACCCGCGGGCUCGGAUUACGUGCCGCGACAUGCGAGAGGCGGAGAUGUCAUCGAGAUUGGAAAGGAUAAUGUGAGGCAUUUUGCGCAUUACGGUUAUGUGUAUUGCAUGUUGUUGGCGAAAGAUGGCGUGCCAGAACGAUCUGGUGAGGAUACACUGGUGACUGCAGGUGGAGAUGGGACGAUCAAGCUCUGGAAACUGGAUGCGAAGAAUGGAGGCGCCAUCGAAGAGCUAUACACGCUGGAUGACGGGAGAGAAGAGGGACACUCGAUCCUAUCGAUUGCCAUGGACGGCUCAUUCCUAUACUCCGGUCGCAGCGGCGGUGAGGUCGAUGUUUGGGACCUCGAGACUCGACAGCUCGUACGAAACAUCAAGGCACACCGGGACGAUGUGCACACGAUUGCCGUGGGAGGUGGAUUCUUGUUCAGUGCGGCGGUGACUGGCUAUAUCCGUAAGUUUGAUCGCCAGUACCAGCUGAAGACGAGAUGGAGAGCACACAACGGUCGGAUUCUUGCGUCCGCGUUCUCCUACAACAACUCUCGACCCAUCUAUGCAACAGGAUCGAACGACAACAGUAUUGCCAUCUGGGAUGUUAGCGAUUGCAUCAGGCUCAGCAUUAUCCCCAGCAAGACCAGCAACGAGCAGCUGGUCGAGUCUCUUCGACGCUUCGUCUCCUUUCGUACUGUCUCGUCCGAUCAGAGGCUGAAAGCGGACUGCAGGAGAGGUGCCUCAUACCUGCGCUCUGUCUUUAAGAACUUUGGGGCCACCACGGAGAUGCUGCCGGCGGAAGACGGCUGCAAUCCUAUCAUCUUGGCACGGUUUCGCGGCAACCCAGCUACUGCUUCACAGCGCAAGAAGAUCCUGUUCUAUGGUCACUAUGAUGUUGUAGCGGCUAGUAACGACAGUGGAAAGUGGCAUGUGGACCCAUUCCAGAUGGAAGGUAUCGAUGGAUACUUGUACGGCCGUGGCACAUCUGACAAUAAAGGACCCAUCAUGGCUGCCAUAUUUGCAUGCGCCGAGUUGAUGAGUGAGCAAGCGCUCGGCUCUGAUAUCAUCUUCCUCAUAGAAGGCGAAGAAGAAUGCGGGUCUCGUGGGUUUGAGCGAGCUGUGAAGGCGAGCAAGGACAAGAUUGGUGACGUGGACUGGAUCCUGCUGGCGAACAGCUACUGGCUCGAUGAUCGUAUACCGUGCCUGACAUAUGGCCUCCGAGGUGUGAUUCAUGCUACAGUACAAAUUGAGAGCAGUCAUCCUGAUCUGCACUCCGGUGUUGAUGGCAGUGCACAACUGGACGAGUCGCUCAAGGAUCUCGUCAUGCUGCUCAGUACGCUCACGGGCAAGAACGGCGAGGUCAAGAUUCCGGGCUUCUACGAUCCUGUGCCGGAAAUGAGCAAAGAAGAAGCUGAAUUGUACGAGGACAUCACUACUGCUCUGGUUUUGCGCAACCCAGACCUGGGCGAUCAACGAGCACUUGCCACGUCGCUCAUGCGGAGAUGGCGCGAAGCCUCGCUCACGAUACAUCGUUUCCAGACUUCUGGGCCAGACAACGCCACGAUCAUCCCGCGCAUGGCGAAAGCAGCGCUGUCGAUGCGCCUCGUGCCGAAUCAAGAAGCGACGGAGGUCUCAGCAGCAUUGACAUCAUAUCUCGAGGCAGAGUUUGAGAAGCUCGAGUCGAAUAAUCGCCUGCUUGUGACCAUCGACCACAAAGCCGAGCCAUGGCUAGGUGAUCUCAACAACGAUAUUUUCAAGACACUUGAAGAGGCCAUCAUGGAGGAGUGGGGACCUAUCGACCAAACUCAUCACCGCAGAAAGUCGUCCGGCCACCCUCUGAAGAUCACACCAGUCUCUCCGGAGUUUGACGGCCACUAUCUGACGAAGCCGUCUCCAACGACAUCCAAGACUCUGGCUAGUGGUAGUCUGGAACCGCUGAGCCCCAUGACGCCCAUGACGGAGAUCACCAACAAACUUGAAGAAAUUGCUACUCAUCAAGAGGAGAAGCCGAGUCCCCGACGAAAGCCGCUCUAUAUACGUGAAGGUGGCUCGAUUCCGGCGAUCCGGUUCCUAGAAAAGGAGUUUGGUGCACCUGCUGCGCACUUUCCUUGUGGGCAGGCCAGUGAUUCUGCACAUCUGGACAAUGAGCGCUUGAGGCUUGUCAAUUUGUUUAAGAGUAAGAACAUCAUGAAGAAGGUGUUCAGGGAUUUGCCGACGAAGUGAAACCUCAAAGCCUAGGCAGUAUGUUUGCGCGCGUGUACUGUACAUUAUUUCAUUGGUGUUUGGUGUUUGGACGAGGUGUGUGCGGUAUGGGUCGGAGGUAGUGCAGGCGUCUGGGUUCUACUGUGGUUCUAGAAGAAACCAGGUAGUGUAUCAUAGAGACUGAUAGAGUGGAGAAGACUUGCAGGCUGGCGCCAGUUGCUGCCACAGACGAAGCC